AUGAGAGAUUCUGUUAAUCCUGAAGUUCGAGAAUUCAUCAAAUAAUUCAACUCAUCUCAAUAAGAACUUAGAGUCAACAAAUAAACCAGUACUGACUAAAGCACAUCCACAAUAGUCUAAAGUGACAUUAAGUCAGAUCACGUAAAAGUCAAAGAAGUAUUCUUCAAAUUGCCACCCUAAGAAAGUACAGAGAAUAAAUAACCAUAUCUUAAAAUAUCAAAGACUCCAGCCGCAUCUUCCUUCACAAAUUCUCUCUUAAGUAUCGAUCAAGAUAGAUACACUGAGGUUAUUGUUCAGAAAGUCGUGGAAGAAUUAGAAAGAAGGAACUAUUGCAAGAAAAAGCCUUUAUUGAGUAUAUAACAAAAUACUAUACAAAUGAGUAUCUCACCAAAAUAGGAAUAAGAAUAUUUGGAUGAUGACUCCUUCAUACGUUAGAUCUAACAAACUUUGUUGAGUCCCAAUCAAACACCUUAGAAGGUAUAAAUAAGAGCCUUUGAAUGUUUUGACUCCCGAUAAAAGAAGGUUCAAGUUUAGAAGGACUAAAAAUUGCAAAAGUAAAGAGAAACCUAAGAACUCACUAAGUUAGUGGAUGAAUUCAAAUCUUUCCUACUUAGAACAAGGGCUUCAGGCAGAUUCUGA